AUGGGAGUUAAGUACGUCAUCGAGUCCACUGGCCUCUUCGUGGAGUACGAGAAGGCCGUCGGCCACAUCGAGGCGGGUGCAGAGAAGGUGAUCAUCUCGGCCCCGGGCAAGGGCAACCUGAGCCUUGGACAGCUUGGGUUUAGAUCCUCCCAGCUCUCGCCACAACUUUAG